AUGGCAUCUCCCGCCGAGCCCAUCAAGUCCUUGUCCGACAGCGGCAGCAACAGCUCGUCCGACGGCAGCGACAGCGACAGCUCGUCGUCCAGCGACUCGUCGUCGUCGUCCGAGUCGGAAGCCGAGGACAACGCGUCCGAAGCCGCGCCAUCGGCCGCGCGCGCCGUGCCUGACGCCAAGCCCGUCAUGAGCUCGUCGCCGGAAGCCGCCAUGCCCAACCGGAACGCGAUCCGAAAGGCCGUGGCGGACAAGGAAGAGUUCAUGCCCCUCGGCACGCGCAAGCGCGAUCGCCGGUCUAUUGAAGAGAUUCAGCGCGAUAUUAGCAAGAAGAAGGGCAAGGCGUCGACCUUUUCGUCCAUCGCCAAGGAGCCCAGCAGCGACGCCCGCCCGCAUGCGGUUCGGCGUACGGUCUCGCCGGCGCUGCAGCCCAUCGCCGAGGCGGGGCCGAUUCCGCUGCCGACGGCCGAUCUCAAGGCCAAAGUCAAACCCAACUCGGCACGUGCGCGCUUGACACAGAAGCUGGCCGGUCGUGGAGGCGGCGGCCGCGGCGCGGCCAAGUCCGCGCCCAAGGCGGCCAAGACCACGAGCGCCGUCUCGAUUGUCACCAACAUUAGCCGGCCUUCGAAAAGCACGACGGCAGUGACAGCCUUCAGUGCACCUGGGGGAUCGCCGCUGCCCGAUGCCGAUCCGGCCGACCUCCUCGCCGAUGCGCGAACGAACCCGAAGAUUGUCCGCACGAUCCACAAGGCGCUGCAGCGGUACGGCGACCUCACGGACGCGCCUGGCUGCAACGAAGAUCAGAGCUCGUUCGGCGACGAGCUGCGGCAGCCCAACUACAUUGUGCGAGCCAAGCUCUGCAACAGUCUCAAGCUGCCCGACGACAUUAUCCAAACGGUCACGAACGAACUCGUCGGGCUUUGCCACGCGAAUCUCGCAGAGGAGACUGUCAAGUUUGGCGACGUCGACAUCAAACCCGCCGCGCUCAUCGAGCGUCUCCAAGAGAACCUCAAGCUCCGCGUGGCGGUCCAGCGCGCCCUCAAAAAGUCGGGCAACCCGAGCCAAGGCGCCUAUGGGCUUGCGACCUCACGCCGGGACCUUGUCGAUCUUGGCAUUGAGCAAAUGCCCGUGUGGGGCUACGUGGAGAAGGAGUGCGACUGGUGCCCGGCCAAGGACCGUGCGCUGCUCCUUGGCGUGUACAUCCACGGCGUCGGGUACUGGGAAGACAUCCUCGGGGAUGCCAAGCUCGCGUUUGAGAAGCAUCGCGUGCUCACAGGCACACGCCUCAAGGGCCGCGCCGAAGACCUCUUGCGCAAGCUGCCGUCGCCAUCUGGCAAGCCGCUGUCGACGCCGUCGACGUCCGACUCGAUCCGUCGCGAGCACGUGGCCCAGCAGCCAACGCCGUCGUUUGGCGGCAAGCAACUCCGCGUGCUGCCGCCGGCGCCGGUCGAGAGCGAAGAGGAGGGCGAGAUCUCGGCGGACGAGACGAGUGGCGCCAACACGGUCAUGCCGCGCUACGGCGGCAAGAACAUUCGCAUCAUGCCGCCCCAAAAGCCCAUGAAAGUCCUUCUGACGUCCGAGCAGCUCGUCACCAAGUGGGACCCGAAAGCGCUUCUCAAAGACGUCAAGUUGACGCUCAAGAAGGUCCAAAAAAUCUCAUCGUGGGGCGAAGACCACAGCGACGACGUGCUCGUUGAAAAAGUGAGCAAGUACCUCGUCGAGAUUGGCGGUGUCAUCGACAGCCUCGUGUGUCGCGAAGACGACUUGGCGAUGGACGAGCUCGCGACGUGCCUCUGGGAGUACGCGGCGACGUUCACGCCGUUUUCCGCGCUGCACUUUGAGCGCCUCUACGACGACAUGGUCGCCGACGCCGCCAGCCUCCGCGCCUAA